UAGCACUGUAUCGAUCCUUAUUGAAUCACAUGUGGCAUAGCGAAAGGCUGAUGCAAUAAUUUCACCGAACAAAUUGGCCAAAUACUUUGGUCUGCAGCCGGUUACUAGAUACAGUCUAGUUGUUGUUAAAUAGGUGUCUUCGCGCGGAUCAAAUUAACAUCAAAAUGACUGAGGAGGAUUCGAUAUUCGAUCCAACUUUGAAGAAAAAGAAGAAGAAGAAGAAGACCUUCGACAUCGACGCCGCCUUGGCCGAAGGCGAUACCGUUGAAUCUGCGCCCUCAGCUGCAGAUGAACUCUUCAAAGAUGAUGUGGAUGACUUGGAUCUAGAUUUGAAGAAGAAAAAGAAGAAGAAGAAAACCUUCAACUUGGAUGACCUGGACAACGCUCUGCCAGACAAAGAGGAAGGUGAAGGCGAAGGUGGAAAUCAGGAUGAUGUGGCCAUGGACGAUAACUUUGACCUGGAAUUGGACUUCAGCAAAGCCAAGAAGAAGAAAAAGAAGAAGAAGGACUUGGAUGAACUGAUGGCUGAAGCUGAUGAUAAGCAGGAAGACAAAGAAAAUGUUGAAAGACUACCAGAUGAAGUCGACGAGAGUUCUGUUCAAUGGAUGUCGAGUGACAGAGAUUACACAUACGAGGAGCUGCUGAAUCGCGUAUUCGAGAUAAUGAGAGACAAGAAUCCUGAUAUGGUGGCGGGAAAGAAACAGAAGUUUGUGAUGAAGCCACCGCAGGUAGUCAGGAUAGGAACGAAGAAGACGUCCUUUGCCAAUUUCACCGAAAUCUGCAAGACGCUGCACAGGCAGCCGAAGCAUUUGCUCGAUUUCCUGCUCGCCGAGUUGGGUACGAGCGGUUCCGUGGACGGCAAUAGUCAGCUCAUCAUCAAGGGCCGUUUCCAGCAGAAGCAAAUAGAAAAUGUAUUAAGGAGAUAUAUUAAGGAAUACGUUACGUGCCACACCUGCCGCUCCCCCGAUACCAUCCUGCAGAAGGACACUAGGUUAUUCUUCCUGCAGUGCGAAACCUGCGGGUCCAGGUGUUCGGUCGCCAGCAUCAAAUCAGGUUUCCAGGCCGUCACAUCGAAGCGUGCCGCGAUCCGUGCGAAAACUGCUUAAUUUAUGGUCAAUUGCAAUACUUUCAUGAUGGACUUUUUAUAGGUAAUUGGAUUGUGUUCUCGUCAAACACACUCGUGCAUACAUACAUACACACACACACACUGUUUUCUCACACAGUCACACUCAUAUUUUCUCUUUGUGCUUGUGGAUUAUUUUUUAAUUUAACAAAUUUGUACUGUAUUGCCAGACCAAUAAAUUAAUUAACAUUUUA